GGGCAAUAACUCAUCUCCCUACCACCUCUGCUGCAGCUACUGCUGUUCCAGAACCUUCUUGCUUAAUUCUGCUGCAUCCUGACCCACUGUCUAUCAGGAGCAGUUCUUGGAUCCCAAGGGCUUUAUUAAUGUUUGACCUGCCCACGGUGGCCCCGUUAGACAUGGAGGACAGCUGGGUGACUUUCCAGGCCGAGGGAGAUCAGGGGCAAGAUUCCUUUUCUAGCUCAGUUAACCUGGAUGAUAGCCUCACCAGCCUGCAGUGGCUACAAGAAUUCUCCAUACUCAAUGCCAACGUGGGUAAGACGCCUUCAUCAUCUGGGGACUCCCAUGGUUACAGGCACCUGUCUGGCGCUCCCUGUUCUCCUCUGGCUGCUGACCCCGCUUGCCUGGGCAUGCCACAUACUCCAGGAAAACCCAUAUCCUCAUCCACCUCACGGGCAUCCCACUUGGGGCUCCAGCCAAUGGAGGAGAUUGACUACAAAACCAACCCGCAUGUAAAGCCCCCUUAUUCAUAUGCCACCCUUAUCUGUAUGGCAAUGCAAGCAAGCAAGAAGACCAAGAUCACACUGUCUGCCAUUUACAAGUGGAUCACGGACAACUUCUGCUACUUCCGGCAUGCAGAUCCCACCUGGCAGAAUUCUAUUAGACACAACCUCUCCUUAAAUAAGUGUUUCAUCAAAGUCCCUCGGGAAAAAGACGAGCCAGGCAAAGGAGGCUUCUGGAAGAUUGAUCCACAAUAUGCCGAUCGCCUCAUGAACGGAGCCAUGAAGAAGCGACGACUUCCACCUGUCCAGAUCCAUCCGGCCUUUGCUAGUGCUCAGGCUGCAGCCUCCAGUAAUGGCAACAGAGCUUCUGCCUGGCAGAUGAGUGUUAAUUCAGAGUCCCACAAACUGCUGAAGGAGUUUGAGGAGAUAACAAGUGAGCAAAGCUGGAAUGCACUAGGAGAACAUGGCUGGAAUGCCAUAAGUGAUGGGAAAUCUCACAAGCGCAAGCAGCCAUUGCCCAAACGCAUGUUUAAGGCUCCACGCCUCUCCAGCUCCCCUAUGCUCUCCCAAGAGGAGCAAACGGAAUUGGGGUCCUUGAAAGGUGAUUUUGACUGGGAAGUUAUCUUCGACUCUUCAAUCAAUGGAGUUAACUUCUCGGCCUUUGAGGACCUAGAAGUCACCCCUCCCCUGAGUCCAGUUUCACGCUCUGUUGACCUCACCGUUCAUGGAAAGCACAUUGACUGCCCACAGCAGUGGUACCCGAUGGGACAGGACCAAGCGGUGGCGCAAAACAGCUUGGAUUUUGACGAAACCUUCCUUGCCACCUCCUUCCUCCAGCACCCUUGGGAAGAGAACAGGAAUGAUUAUCUGUCAAACUCUGCCAAUAUUGAACAGCUUUUUGAUCUCAAUGAUGCAUUUCCUGCAGAGCUCAAUGACUGGCCUGCCUUGGGUUCCUAUAUAUAACGUUGCCAUACUGAACUUACAGAGACACAAAUAGACAUUUAUAUAAAUAAAUAAAUAUAUAUUUACUAAAAAGGACAUUUAUGAACAUUUUAAAUAAAGGUAAAUCCUUUUGCAGAGCAGAGGGUACCGAUUCUGGAGUUUACACGGUUUGGGUAUAGAUAGGGUCUAUCCCGCUGAGAUUUCCUCCAGUGGCCUGAGCUAACGGGCGGCACAUACGCUGGACAGAAGACCAUGACGCUUCCUCUGUCCAUGAUGAAAAGAACAAUACUUAAAGAACCUUUUUGUACUUAUUUUUCUAGGUGUUACCAUUGUAUUCUGGGAAGGGUGAGAUACAGACAAUGUGAUAUCAGAUCAGUCUGAUGUAUGAUCAGUUCUGAAAUAUGUGCAAUGUGCCCUUCCCUUUUCUUUUUCUCUUGCUCUCUCCCGGAGGCUGAAAAAUAUAUCCAUUGACUAUGUCGAUUUUUUAAUAUUUUUUUACCCAACAGCAGUGGAAAUGGGAGACAAAAAAAACGUAUUAGGCAAA